GGAAACAAUAGGAGGAGAACACAAGGGAAAUAGUACAUUUAAAGGUGAGAGAAGAGAAGUCUGACCAGCGAUUUGCAGCAAUGGUGAACAAUAAGACAUUGAUGAUGGUCGUCCUCCUAAGCAUCUUUGUGGCAGGAAGUCAAACAAAAGGAGAUCAAGCCACUGCAUCUCAUCAGAAUAAAGAUUCUGCGAUUAAACAACUGACAGAUUUCAAAGAGCAGACAUUUAUUCCAGGCAGUGAUGUGAUUUUACAGUGUGGCAAUGCCACUGAUAUCAACUGGAAUGAAUUAAUUUAUAUCGUCUGGAACAUCAGCCUGCAAGACAGAAAAUGUUGGCUUGGUUUGUCUCCCAAGCUGGACGACAAAUGUAAAGAUGGAAAGAGGCUGUACAACACCUCAGAUGGAGUUUACUUAGUCAUUCCUAAGAUUUCAAUAGAAGAUGAAGGAUUUUAUUCUUGUGAUGUAUCGUAUAAAGCAGGAAGCUAUUUGGCAAACGUGUCUGUAAGCGUUACCCAAUUUUCCACCCAGCUGUACAGUGAAAACAAUCAAAGGAUUGCUGUCUGUCAUGCCACAUUUAAAAAGACAGCACCCACUCUUCAUUGGGAACCUGCCUUGAACUUUUCCACCAGUAUCAGUUCUGUCAAGAAUCUUGGCAGGUUUUUUAUGAUGGAGAAUCGAGUAUAUCUGCCGGACAAUGUCAACAUCAGUGAGCUCACCUGUGUGGCCACAUACACCUCCGAGUCCGGCUCUGUUCAGCACAAGAGCACACUUCAUCUUACAGGAACAACAUUUUAUCUCAGAAUGAAGGAAGAAACACCCACAAAGAGGUGAAGAAAUACGGAAGAUAAGCAGGAUGUGGACAGCAAAAACGGGCAUGACAAGAA